GGAAAGACUCUUUGAAGAUCAAAGAGAAGGCUAAGGCCACCGAUGGGCCCGAUGGGCAACUGGACAAGCGUCUUAAGAAGCAGGCAAAGACCGUGAGCGUUCGGGAGAAGACCGGCAUGUGGGGCUACAAGGUGGUGACUAAGAAGCUCUCAAAGGCCUGCGCUUGA